UCUGAAUCUGAGAAGCGAAGUCAUAAAGUCCCAAACAAAAAAGAGAAAAACCAAACGUUUCAUUGAGUCCAUUUCCAUUUUCUUAAACAUCUAACAUGGAGAAGAAGGAAUGCUGAUCUUUUGCUUCUCAUCAAUAUCAAUGCCAGGCUUCGCUCUUUGAUUUCCCUCUUCUUCUUCACCGCCAUUGUUUUCUGUGUUUCAGCUCUCUCUCUCCCACACAUUCUCAUUUGGAGCCUGCUUCGUUGUGUAAUUUACCGCGCUCGAGAUUAUAGUUUUGCUUUGUCUUAAUGAGAUAGAGGUUUUGGAAGGAAUUAUUAAAUCAGGAGUGAACAUGGGUGAGAGCCAGAAGUUCCAGUUGGGGACUAUUGGGGCUUUGAGUUUGUCGGUGGUGUCUUCCGUGUCCAUUGUGAUUUGCAACAAGGCGCUCAUUAGUACUCUUGGUUUCACUUUUGCUACGACUUUGACAAGCUGGCAUCUUUUGGUCACAUUUUGUUCCCUUCACGUAGCAUUAUGGAUGAAACUGUUUGAACAUAAGCCUUUUGAUGCAAGAGCUGUCAUGGGAUUCGGUGUACUAAAUGGAAUCUCCAUUGGACUUCUGAAUCUUAGCCUGGGUUUCAACUCUGUUGGUUUCUAUCAGAUGACAAAAUUGGCAAUCAUCCCCUGUACUGUUUUUUUAGAGACUAUAUUCUUUAGGAAGCAAUUCAGUAGGACCAUCCAGUUCUCACUUAUAAUCCUUCUUUUGGGGGUUGGGAUUGCAACAGUGACUGAUCUUCAGCUCAAUGCCUUGGGAUCCUUCUUGUCCCUGCUUGCAGUUCUUACAACUUGUGUUGCUCAGAUUAUGACAAACACUAUCCAAAAGAAGUUCAAAGUUUCUUCAACGCAACUUCUGUAUCAGUCUUGCCCCUAUCAAGCUAUGACUCUGUUCAUUAUUGGUCCAUUUCUUGAUGGGCUUUUGACCAAUAAAAAUGUCUUCGCUUUCAAAUACACCCCGCAAGUGUUGUUCUUCAUUGUUUUGUCUUGCCUAAUAUCGGUCUCUGUAAACUUCAGUACAUUUUUGGUUAUUGGAAAGACAUCUCCCGUUACCUAUCAGGUCCUUGGACAUCUAAAAACAUGCCUAGUUUUGACAUUUGGCUAUGUUCUACUUCGGGACCCAUUUAGCUGGCGCAACAUUCUGGGGAUUUUAGUUGCUGUAGUUGGAAUGGUACUCUAUUCUUUCUAUUGCACUCGUGAGAGCCAGCAGAAGGCCAGUGAAGUCCCUGUGCAGCUGUCUCAGGCAAAAGAAGUUGAAUCGGAUCCGUUGUUAAGUGUCGAAAAUGGAAAUGGGUUGCAUGGUGAUGGUGGUCCAAAGUCUCCAGUGUGGACUUCAAAUAAAGACCUUCAUGCUUAAAACGCAUAGUCUUUUUCAAUUCAUGUGCCCUGAGGUGAAAUUAGAUGACAGAGCUGAUCCGGCCGGCAAUGAAGAUGUUGCUGGCAACUGGCAAGGGUUUUGGAUAUGCUACGUUUCGAUAGUUAUAUGCAAUUGGAGGUUACACUUUGUACUGUAGAAUUAGUAUUAAGAAUUGAAGAAUUUCCUUUUUUUUUACAUAUAAGUUUUGGUUAUUAUUUUUAUUUUCUUUUUUGUAUGAACCAGAAUCAGGUAUGGAAAAUGAGAAUUAUACCACAAUUUGUUACUGCAAAUGUAUACUGUUACCUUAUAGUACAAGGAUAUUCAUUAUUGUUCAUUAGUUAA